AUGCGCUGUCCGGGCUGCAGCCGGCGCUGCUUGGCCUGGUUCUACAGGUACCUGCCAGUCCGCUUCCUCUUCCUCCUGUGGCUGUUUUUCACUGGCUCCUUCAUCUUCGUCUUCUACACGAACCACUCCAGAAGCGGCUUCAGAAAACACUUGGUUUCCGAGAGGGGGACCGCAGAAAACAGGACCGCAGAGGACAGGACCGCAGAGAACGGGACCGCAGAGAACGGGACCGCAGAGAACGGGACCGCAGAGAACGGGACCAGUGGGGUUACCGGAGGUGCCAACGCGACCCUGGCCUCGCCUCCGGUUACCUGUCCGCUCAACCGCACAUUUUCCUACCGAGAGGACAUAGCCAGUCCCCUGAGGAUCCCAUACCAGAUACUCGCAGGGGAGCGUCCACGCUUCAGAAAAUACAUAUCCAUAGGAAUAUCUUCAGUGAGAAGAAAGAAAGAGAACUACCUGCUGGGAACGCUGCGGUCCGUUUUCCAGCAGUCCCGUGAGUCGGAUGUUGAGGACAUGGUCCUGGUGGUCUACCUGGCCGACUGGGACCCGGCGGCCCGAGAGCAGACCGCGCGGGAGGUGUCGGACCGGUUCCGAGGGCAACUGGCCGCCAGGCGCCUGCUCCUGAUCGCCUCCCCGCGGGCGGCCUACCCGACCCUGGAGGGCCUGAAGCGCAACUACGGCGACUCGGAGGACCGGGUGCGGUACCGCUCCAAGCAGAACGCGGACUACGCCUUCCUGUCCAACUUCUGCACGGGCCUGGCCCGCCACCACCUGGUCCUGGAGGACGACGUGCGCUGCGCCAGGAACUUCCUGCUGUCCGUCCGGAGGAAGGUGGAGGCCUCCUCCCGGCCCUGGACCACCAUGGCCUUCUCCAAGCUGGGCUACAUCGGGAAGCUGUACCACGGCUCCGACCUGCCCGCGCUGGCCCGCUUCCUCCUGCUGUUCUACGACGAGAUGCCCUGCGACUGGCUGCUGGACCACUUCUUCCGCUCCAAGGCCCAGGGGGAGCUGCUCCGCGUGCGGCCCUCCCUCUUCCAGCACGUGGGCUCCUUCUCCUCCUUCCGAGGGGGCGCCAACUCGCUCAAGGACGACGAGUUCCGGGAGCGGGCCGGCCCCUCCGGGGACAACCCCCCGGCCGCGGUGUCCACGGACAUGGAGGCCUUCGAGGGGAACACCCUGGAGGCGGCCUACGAGGGGCUCGGCUUCUUCUGGGGCCGGCGGGUGGCCAACGGGAGCCACGUCUCCGUGCGCUUCAGGGAGCCGGCGGCGCUCCGGAGGGUGCGGGUCCUGACGGGCUCCCCGGAGCACAGCGGGGACGUCCUGAGGGCGGGGCUGGCCGAGGUGGGCUGGGCGGGGGCCCGCGGAGGGAGCCUCGACGCCUGCCAGACGUACCGCAAAAUAGGGCGUUUCGUGAACGGGACUCUGGACGUGGAAGGGCCGGGUUUGGGGGUCAGAGGGCCCGUGGACUGCCUGAGGGUACGGGUCACUGAAGAUCAGAAAGAGUGGCUUAUCCUCCAAGACCUCAGCGUUUGGAUAGAGAAGACAGGCAAUGCAACCGUCAAAGAGCCAACAAAAUGA